UUUGAGUUGGGCAUAAAGUCUGUUGUGUUGUGAUGUAUUCACACCCUUGUAUGUUAUAGAUACUCCACAGUUUGUAUAAGCUUUAGGAGUUGUAGUUGUGUAAAUUUUAUUGGUUAUAUUUUGAUUAAGGUGUCUUUAGGUUUACUCGUGAAAUCGGUAAAUUUUGAGGUACACUUCAUGUACGUGUUUGACUAGCUGUGUUUGACUAGCCUAGGAUCCGCUGUGUUUUGUGGCAUGUACAAUAGUUUAUAUACUAGAUUGGCAAGUUCAUCACAUGAAAGUUUUAAGCAAAGUCAACAGAUACAGGUACAGAAAAGCGUUGUUCGUCGGCUUCACGCCAUCUUUCGGUCUAAGGUAGCAUGUAGUCCGGGAGGGGGUGUGACAACUUGGUAUCAGAGCAGUUUGCUCCAUGGGAAUUAAGGUAGAGCGGUUAGCUCUAAGAAGAAACUGGAAAGUAAAUAAUUGAAAGUCAAGUUAGCUUAAAGGGAACUAGUGGAGUAUGGUCUAGGUAAGGGUAGAAGUGAGUCCAAUUAUUAUUAAUACGUGAGUAGACAUUUAGUAUCAUGCAUUUGAGUUAAGUAUUUAUAGUAUGUCUAAUGUGUUGACAUAUUAUAGGAGUCAUGCCACCACGUACUGGUAGACGACGUCGGCAGAAUCAGGACGGGAUGUAAGGUCCUACCCAAGGUCCAUCUGUAGGGGAAUCUAGUACCCUAGGAGUUCGAGGUGGUGCAGGAAACGAGCAGUUUGCGAGAACAACACAGGAAAUAGGAAGGCCAGAUAGAGCAGAGCCUAGUGAUCCAGAAAAGGCAUACGGAAUUGAACGGCUGAAGAAGUUAGGGGCUACAGUGUUUGAAGGUUCCACAGAUCCAGCUGAUGCAGAGAACUGGUUGAAUAUGCUUGAAAAGUUUUUUGAUGUGAUGAAUUGUCCUGAGGAGCGAAAUGUUAGAUUGGCCACAUUUUUGUUGCAAAAAGAGGCUGAAGGAUGGUGGAAAUCUAUAUUAGCAAGACGCAGUGAUGCACGUGCUUUAGACUGGCAGACUUUUAGAGGCAUAUUCGAAGAUAAGUAUUAUCCCAGCACAUACUGCGAAGCCAAGAGGGAUGAAUUUCUGGGGUUGAAACAAGGAUCACUUUCAGUGGCUGAGUAUGAGAGGAAGUAUACCGAGCUUUCACGGUAUGGUGACGUUAUUAUAGCUUCUGAGAGUGACAGGUGCCGAAGGUUUGAAAGAGGGUUGCGUUUUGAAAUACGUACCCCAGUUACAGCCAUUGCUAAGUGGACGAAUUUCUCUCAGUUAGUGGAGACUGCCCUUCGUGUGGAGCAGAGUAUAACAGAAGAGAAAUCGGCAGUGGAGCUUAGUCGUGGGACUUCAACAGCUAGUGGAUUUAGAGGCCGUGAGCAGUGGAGGUUCACGCCUGGGAUAAAUAUUUCAAGCCGUCAAGAUUUUAAGAAUCGCUUUGGAGGCCAAGCAUCGAGGAACGUGAGUUAUGGUAGUGUUUUUUAGAGACAGAGCCAGAGAAUACCUAGUCAACCCAUUAAAUCAACAGUAAGAUCACAACCAGGUCAGGAGUCCAUUGCUAGUACCGUCAGGCGAAUACCAUGCACGAGUUGUGGCAGGAAAUAUCGGGGUCAGUGUUUGGUAGGUGCCGGUGUAUGUUACAUUUGCGGACAGCCAGGACAUUUCAAGAAAGAUUGUCCGCAGUUGAACAUGACAGUUCAGAGAGAUCAGGGAGUUGGGUCCCAGACAGUUGAGCAAUCGAGAGUUUCAGUGGUUCCAACAGAGGGCACCAGUGGUGCAAGGCAAAAGGGAGUUGUUGGAAGACCGAGGCAACAGGGAAAAGUCUAUGCUAUGACUCAACAAGAAGCAGAGGACGCACCAGACGUUAUUACUGGUAGAGAUCGACUUCCCGGUGCUUGAUAGACUGCCUUAGUCUGCGGAAGCUUCAUUAUCGAUUGCCAGUACGUGUUUUGAGUUGGGCAUAAAGUCUGUUGUGUUGUGAUGUAUUCACACCCUUGUAUGUUAUAGAUACUCCACAGUUUGUUUAAGCUUUAGAAGCUGUAGGUGUGUAAAUUUUGUUGGUUAUAUUUUGAUUAAGGUGUCUUUAGGUUUACUCGUGAAAUCGGUAAAUUUUGAGGUACACUUCAUGUAUGUGUUUGACUAGCUGUGUUUGACUAGCCUAGGAUCCGCUGUGUUUUGUGGCAUGUACAAUAGUUUAUAUACUAGAUUGGCAAGUUCAUCACAUGAAAGUUUUAAGCAGAGUCGACAGAUACAGGUACAGAAAAGCGUUGUUCGUCGGCUUCACGCCAUCUUUCGGUCUAAGGUAGCAGGUAGUUCGGGAGGGGGUGUGACAGCAGCGCUUCUU